AGCGAGAAAACCAAGAGACAAGCGCCGCGCCAAACGCCGAGACUGCAGGCCAGCUGCCCUUCCCUAACCGAGUAACCGUGAAAUGGGGGAAGAAACAAGAGAGACAAGAGAUCAAACAAAGCGGCACCAAGGAGAGAAAUAAUAAGUCAUGGGCUGUCGGCCGCCGGCGUCUCUUCGGGGCGGUGCAACGCCAGAGCAAGAUCUGUCAACCUCAACGCCGAUUUCCCCUGGGUCCCUUGCAUCUGCAAGCACCGCCACCAUCCAUGGCAGGGCAGGCAUUCCGUGUCGAAGAGUAGCCGGCUGCAGCUCUGCUCAGGGCACAAAGGCCAAUGGCGUUCCCGACCGGAUUUACGGUGCAGGAUCUGUCCCAGACUGGCAGACACAGCUGUGUCAAAUAGGGUCGAAGGUGAGACGCAUGCUCGCUGCCAAGACAAAGCGUCGUCGCUUGUCCAUGACCGCAGACAGGGGAUCGAUCUCCCGAACCUGCAAUGGAAGUGAAGCGUGUCGAUCAGACUGGGAUCGGUGCCAGAUGUGGGGAAGGGGAAAAAACCGAAACUACGGAUUCGUAAUUGUACACUACAGCAGCCCUGUGGGGUUUUCGGGGCUGUCUUCUCUGAUUAGCCGGCUGCGCUGCCCCUUCCGCGCGGCGCCUUCCGGUUGCAAACGUCAAUGGGUCGGCAUUGGAUAAGCACGCGGCCACUUGCUCAAAGAAAUUGUUGACGGGAAACAUUCACCGCAGCGUGAUACCCCACGACUUCUUGUAUAGUCCAUCAUUUUCUCUAUAGAUAACCAGAUGGAGUACGACAAUCAUCUUCAUAA